UAUGUUCAUGCCGAUGCUCCUACCAAUAAAACGCUGGCUGGACUGGUGGUACAACUUCUUCAAUUCCAGGAAGAUGCCUUUGGGAAGCAUGUCACCAACCCAGCCUUCACCAAACUACCUGCAAAGUGUUUCAUGGACUUCAAAGCUGGAGGCACCUUGUGUCACAUUCUUGGGGCUGCUUACAAGUAUAAAAACGAACAGGGGUGGCGGAGAUUUGAUUUACAGAAUCCAUCCAGAAUGGAUCGUAAUGUUGAGAUGUUUAUGAACAUUGAAAAAACAUUGGUGCAGAACAAUUGUCUGACCAGACCCAACAUCUACCUCAUUCCAGACAUUGACCUGAAGUUGGCUAACAAAUUGAAAGAUAUCAUCAAACGACAUCAGGGGACAUUCACUGAUGAGAAGUCGAAGGCUUCCCACCACAUUUAUCCAUACCCUUCCUCACAAGAGGAUGAAGAAUGGUUGAGACCAGUGAUGAGAAAGGACAAGCAAGUGUUAGUGCACUGGGGCUUCUACCCAGACAGCUAUGAUACUUGGGUGCAUAGUAAUGAUGUUGAUGCUGAAAUUGAAGAUCCACCAAUUCCAGAAAAACCGUGGAAGGUUCAUGUGAAAUGGAUUUUGGAUACUGACGUUUUCAAUGAAUGGAUGAAUGAAGAAGAUUACGAAGUGGAUGAGAACAGGAAGCCAGUGAGUUUUCGUCAGCGAAUUUCAACGAAGAAUGAAGAGCCAGUCAGAAGUCCAGAGAGAAGAGAUCGAAAAGCAGCAGCUAAUGCUCGGAAGAGGAAACAUUCGCCUUCUCCUCCCCCGCCCACACCCACAGAAUCUCGGAAGAAAAGUGGCAAAAAGGGCCAAGCUAGUCUUUAUGGGAAGCGCAGAAAUCAAAAAGAGGAAGAUGAGCAAGAAGAUCUUACCAAGGACAUGGAGGACCCAACGCCAGUACCCAAUAUAGAGGAAGUGGUUCUCCCCAAAAAUGUAAACCCAAAGAAAGAUAGUGAAAAUACACCUGUUAAAGGAGGAACUGUAGCAGAUCUAGAUGAGCAGGAUGAAGAAACCGUUACAGCAGGCGGAAAGGAAGAUGAAGAUCCUAGCAAAGGUGAUCAGGGUCGGUCAGUGGACCCUGGUGAAGAUAAUGUCACCGAACAGACCAAUCACAUUAUUAUUCCCAGCUACGCCUCGUGGUUUGAUUAUAACUGUAUUCACGUGAUUGAACGGCGUGCACUUCCUGAGUUUUUCAAUGGAAAAAAUAAAUCCAAGACUCCAGAAAUAUACCUGGCAUAUCGAAACUUUAUGAUCGACACAUAUCGUCUGAAUCCCCAAGAAUAUUUGACCAGCACUGCCUGUCGGAGGAACUUGACUGGAGAUGUGUGUGCUGUGAUGAGGGUUCACGCCUUUCUAGAGCAGUGGGGACUUGUUAAUUAUCAAGUUGAUCCGGAAAGUCGGCCCAUGGCAAUGGGACCCCCUCCAACUCCUCAUUUCAAUGUGUUAGCUGACACCCCCUCGGGGCUUGUGCCUCUGCAUCUUCGAUCACCUCAGGUCCCUGCUGCUCAACAGAUGUUAAAUUUUCCUGAAAAGAACAAGGAAAAACCAAUUGAUUUGCAAAACUUCGGUCUUCGUACUGACAUUUACUCCAAGAAAACAUUAGCAAAGAGUAAAGGUGCUAGCGCUGGAAGAGAGUGGACGGAGCAGGAGACCCUUCUCCUCCUAGAGGCCCUGGAGAUGUACAAGGACGAUUGGAACAAAGUGUCUGAGCAUGUUGGAAGUCGCACUCAAGAUGAGUGCAUCCUCCACUUUCUGAGGCUUCCCAUCGAGGACCCAUACUUGGAGAACUCGGAUGCUUCCCUCGGGCCGCUGGCCUACCAGCCUGUCCCUUUCAGUCAGUCAGGAAACCCAGUCAUGAGCACUGUGGCGUUUUUAGCGUCUGUGGUGGACCCUCGUGUAGCGUCUGCUGCAGCGAAAGCAGCUCUGGAGGAGUUCUCUCGAGUCCGGGAGGAGGUGCCCCUGGAGUUGGUUGAAGCGCAUGUCAAGAAAGUGCAAGAAGCUGCUCGAGCCUCUGGGAAGGUGGAUCCCACCUACGGCCUGGAGAGCAGCUGCAUUGCAGGCACUGGGCCCGACGAGCCGGAGAAGCUGGAAGGAGCUGAGGAGGAAAAAAUGGAAACAGAUGCUGAUGGUCAGCAGCCUGAAAAGGCAGAGAACAAAGGAGAAAAUGAAACAGAUGAAGGUGAUAAAACACAAGAUGGAGAAAAUGAAAAAAAUAGCGAGAAGGAACAGGAUGGUGAAGUUAGUGAAGAUAUCAAAUCAGAAGAAAAGGAGACUGAAGAGAACAAGGAGCUCGCUGAUCCAUGUAAAGAAAGAGAAAAUGACACCGCGAAGAAAAAAGUAGAACAUGAGAUUUCUGAAGGAAACGUUGCCACCGCAGCGGCAGCUGCUCUUGCCUCAGCUGCUACCAAAGCCAAGCACCUGGCUGCUGUGGAAGAGAGAAAGAUCAAGUCUCUGGUAGCCCUGCUGGUUGAGACUCAAAUGAAGAAACUAGAAAUUAAACUUCGACAUUUUGAGGAGCUUGAAACUAUCAUGGACAGAGAGAAAGAGGCUUUAGAACAGCAGAGGCAGCAGUUGCUUACUGAACGACAGAACUUCCACAUGGAGCAGCUGAAAUAUGCCGAGUUACGUGCCCGACAGCAAAUGGAACAGCAGCAGCACGGCCAGAACCCUGCACAUCAGCACGCAGGGGGCCCUGGCCUGGCCCCGCCUGGAGCAGCCGGCCACCCGGGCAUGAUGCCCCAUCAGCAGCCGCCUCCCUACCCUCUGAUGCACCACCAGAUGCCACCGCCUCACCCAGCCCAGCCAGGUCAGAUGCCGGGCCCAGGUUCCAUGAUGCCAGGCCGCAUGAUGCCCACUGUGGCAGCCAACAUCCACCCAGCAGGGGGCGGCCCUGCCCCUCCUGGUAUGCCUCCGAUGCCAGGAAACAUCUUAGGACCCCGAGGGCCCCUCACAGCGCCCAACGGCAUGUAUCCCCCUCCACCACAGCAGCCACCGCCGCCACCACCGACAGAUGGCGUCCCUCCCCCACCUGCUGCAGGCCCGCCGGCCUCUGCCACUCCUUAGCCAGAAGAGGCGGGAAACCUCCACGCCCACCGCCACAAGCUGGAAUGGGGGUGACGGGACUUGAGCUCCUCGGCCACCUCGGGUUUCUUUCAGGAUUUCAUUUUCACAGCCCCGGUGCACAUCUUGUGUCUCCCCACUCCUCUUGACCCCUCUCCAUGCUCUGACACAUCCUGUGCUCAGUGGGACGCCUGUGAUGACAGUGUGGUGUGGAUGUCCUCACAUCAGCCUGUGCUCCCAGCCCCGCCCCGUCCCGUCCUGUCCCGGUGUGGGGUGGUCUUGGCAGUUUAUCGGCAGGUCCUGUCAACAAUAUUAGUAUUCAGUGUCGAUUUUUGCUCUCCUCCUGUUUUUUGCUUUGUCUUAUGCUUCUAUGGAUAAUCCCCUAUAAUUAUUAUCUUUUUUAUGUUAUGAUUGUUUUAAAGGAGAGCAUCCUAAGUUAAUAGGAACCAAAAAAUGGUGAUGGCAGAAAGAUACAGCCACAGGGGACACACCUUAAGGCAUUAUAAGUGACCUUAUUUCUGCUUAUCUGAGCUAAGAGUGGUGCUGCUGGUGAAGUUUCCUGAGAUUUUGGCCACACAUCAGUGCAGCAGACUGAGGAGAUGGGAAGCGGGUACCCCACUGACUGCUGUUUCCUGGGAGGCCUCUGCCCAGCCUGGCAAAACACCCUUGUAACUGGUACACAGUAGAAGAGAGCACAAACACGAGAACACAGGCACUCCGCCUCAGGCCCGCGGUUCCCGUUUUCUAUGCAGAUGAUUUGCUGGGUUGGGGGUGGGUGGUGGUUUUUUUGAGGGCUGGAUUUGGGGAGUCUUUCCUAGGCUCCAUAGACGAGCCAGGAAAGUUUAAGGAGACUAAGGCAGUGACUCCCUCCCCAGGUCAGUCUACCCUGCUUUGCAUGCCUGCUUUUUUCACCUUCUUAAAAAAAUUUUUUCAAAAUAAAAUUUUUAAAAAAAAGUAGAUAGUGUUAAACAGUUUAGCUCAUGGAACUUCGUUAGGAUGUCUGGGGGUCAAGUCCCCAAACUACCUCUUACAAUAUAGCCAGGGUGGGUGGAAUUCAUGAAGCGGUACUUUAGGUUCAGGGUGGGAUUAGAAGAGUGAGGCAGAAUUACCAGCCUCUCACACCUUCUGCUAGGCCUGUCUGCAGUCUCACAUCGCAUCUGUCGGGGUGGAGAUGCUGAGGGUACAGGGACCUCGGUUCCACAGCAUCAUGCUUUAAUGUCUGGAGUACUCGGGCUGGGAGGGCGGGGUGCCAUUCUAAAAGAAGAGCCACAAAAAAAUGCCUUAAUUGAGCCCGUACCUACCCCUGCUGAUGAGUGACUUGAGAGCUCUUAGUUUUGUGUCGUGUCCUCCUUCCAGCUCCCUCUGUCCUCUGAUCAGUGAGAGGGUGUGGUUUCCGGAGCUCCUGCUUCUUCACGUCCCAUUCUCAAGUGGCUGUUGUGUUACGUAGAGUGCAAGGUAGAACAUCUUUUGGGUACCUUUUUCUAUAUAUUUUCUAAAGCUUUACAUAUGAGAGGGUGUAGAGAGGUGUUUGUAAAACACCUUAGAACUUUUUCCCUUAAUAUCAGAAAGCAAAAAUAAAACCACAAUUGAGAUUUGCCUUUAGACCCUCAGGUUUGUCUCAAACCAGGUGGCCGUGGUCAGCAUCAGAGUACUGGAAUGUUGGAACCAAGGAGACCCUGUUCCCUUUGCAUGUUCGUUCUGGACUUGGGGUGGAAAUGGAAAUGAGCUAGUUCCUACUGGAGUCUGCUUCCAGUGUAGUUGCUUCCAGAAAGACGCCAGUGCCUUUCAGCAAUGGCCAGGGUUUUCCCUACUUCCCUCCGGUCUUUCCCAAAGGAAACUCAUUCCAAAUACUUACCUUCUCCCCUGGAGUCCUAGAAAGAAAAUACAAUUCUGGUUCUUACUGUGGUCCCUUGUAACCUCAGGUCUUUAAUGUGAUCACUUUCAAAUUUAAAAGAUCCAGGUGGAAAUAUUUUUACUAUGCUAGUAAUCUGCAAAAUACCUGAAUUCAAUACUGCUGUGUUUUAGAAUAAGUGAUGACAUUUUCUUUCUGUGUCUUUAAUCUGGUUUCAUUCCUGUAAUACAGCCACCCAGUUUUGUGAGGGGGGGAAUAAUAAGUGGUUUUUGUACAAACAUCUUUCUCAGUGUGGUGUUAUUUUGGAAAAAUGAGGGGAGGGAGUUUUGAGAAAUUGGAGCAAAUGAAUAAAUGAAAUACCGUUUCUGGA